AUGACCAAUGGUCUUGCCAUGGGAAAUCCUUUGAGCCCUAUACUUAGUGACAUCUAUAUGCCUUAUUUUGAGAGUAAACUAUUCAAACUCUUAACUUUCCCCUUUUAUAAAAGAUACGUUGAUGACAGUUUUGCUUUGUUAGAGGAUAAUAAUUGCAAUUUAGAUCAAAUCCUUAAUGUUAUGAACAGCAUUGAUUCUUGCAUUCAGUUCACCUUUGAAUUAGAGUCUGAUCAAAAACUUCCUUUCUUAGAUGUGCUUGUGACUCGGAAUGAUAAUUCAUUCCAUACUACUGUCUUUCGUAAACCUUUUCCUGUUUCUCUUCCCCCUCACUACAAAUCCUCCCACCCUCCCAACCAAAAACUUGCAUCUUUUCGGUCUUUUGUCUACCGCGUGGUAAAUAUUUGUUCUAACAAUGAUCUUCUUGAUGCAGAAUUAAAUUACAUCAAAGCCAUUGCUCAUGACAGAGGUUAUUCUCCUAACAUUAUUGAUAAUAUUCAUAGAAACUUAACUAAACAAUCACAUGCCGAUAAACCUUCCAAAGAAUUUUCUAACAAUUUAGUCAUUUUACCCUAUUUUCCUAAAAUAAGUCGGCAAGUUGCUAAUAUCCUAAAGAAUGUGAUGUUUUGUAUAUUGUUUAGACCAAAAGUAUCAGUACUCAAGCGUAUCAUACAAAAAUCAGGGUAUUAA